AUGCCUCCCGUUCCCGCUCAACGAAGAGCUCUAUCCCAUGAAGAUCCGGCCCUUUCAGACGAAGAUGUCGGCUUCCUCUUCCAAAUCAUCACACACGCGGAGCGCCAUCCAGAUGCCGAUCGCCUUCCCUUCAGAGUCCUAUUCAAAGAGUACGAUGCGGCGAUCGAGGAGCAUGGGCCGGAGGCGGAUCCGGGCUACGCCUGUAUGCGCUUCCUGUUCAAGAUGGGAUACGUCGCAGGAGACACUCUGUUUGAGAAGUUUGAGAACCUACUCCAACAGAUGGGCAUCGUGAUUGAAUUCGGCAAUGAGGAAAACGAGACGGAUGGUUAUACGGAAACACUUUCUGUUGUUGAUGUUCAAUCUAGGCCAAGGGCCAGCCCUGCUGCACACGAGGUCAUCCAGACCCCGCGGCCACGGCGCGCGUCGUUCAAUUCGAUUCUUGAUAUUGGAGAUGACCCUACCACUCGGAGCUUUAUCAAUCGCCCAAGUUCUCGGUCCUCGAUGUCGCGACUUCAAACUGGCAAGCCUGAGUUUCAGGCCUCACCACCGAGUCGUACAGCGGGUAGCAAGAGGGCUGGGUCACCGGACAGAACGCAACUGAUCGCGCAGUUUAUGGACGUUGGUCGGCGCCUUAUUAGUAAGAUGGACGAAUUUCAGUUGGCGAGAGUCUCGGCGAGAGAACAGACAAAAGAAUUCUCAUCCGCCGUGAAUGAGGACCGUUCGAGACGGAUGGCUGAGGCCUCCCGUGCCAAAACACGCAAGUCCAAAAGUGUGCGCUCUGCUAGCUCUUCAAGCUCAGACGAGGAAGUUGAAGAGGGUGAUGGUGGGGAUGAGUCGACGGCCUCCGACGGCGCGAACGCUGCUUUUGAGAAGCCAGAUCUACCCCCGGAACUACUCUACCGGCCUUCGCUUUCGGAUCUGUUACGGGAUGCUUCAACCUUCAAUAUGUACCGACAACGCGCAAUCAACCGACGUAUCUUGACUCAAUGGAUGAAGAAAGCCGUGCAGGCACGGCAAGCACAUCGGAACAUGGAAAUGGUCGCCGUAAACAGGGACAGAGUUACCCUAAUCCGACAAGCUUUUGGGACCUGGAGCUCAAUUAUUCGAGAGAAGCGGCAAACUGCUCGAACCGAGCGGUUCUUCCACCAUCUCGAAGAGCGCGCCGCUCGGGCUCGAGACGUGUACUUGAUGACCAAAGCCUUCACUCACUGGGCGGCAGUCGCUUCGGAUGAGUUAGAAAAGACUACUGCGGCUCGACGCCACAUCCUCGGCGUCAAGUAUUUCAAUGCAUGGCGUGAGAUCACUGCCGUCAAUGUACUCAAAGCUCAGCGAUUCGCAUUACAGCGACCUCUCCAGGCUUGGAAGAAAAGAACCGACCAUUUUAAGGAGCUAGAGGGGCGAGCUGUCAACUAUCAUAACGCAAAAUUGAGACGAGACUUCUACUGGCAAUGGUUCUGGAGCUUAUGCGACAGGCGUGCUCCUAGAUGGCACGAUUUUGUUAUUAAAAGACGUUCCCUGCUUUACUGGUUGCGAACAUUCCGAACGACCAGAGAACGCCUUCAUGAGAUUGAUAUUCAGGAUAGGCAUUUUUUGCAGAACUCUGCAAUUCAGGUCUUGCGUGAGAAAUCCAGAACCAUCGUUUCCACUGAGCAGAAGGCCGUAGCUAUGCACCGGCAUCAGCUUCUCCGAAACGCUAUGAAUGAAUGGAAACUCCAAGCUCGCCUGGCACCAGCCGCGACGCACGUCGCAGAUACGGCCGAUACGCGUAUCGUGCGGUCUGCGUACAAUCAAUGGGUAAAGCGGAUAGACAUGCUCAACCAAGCAAGAGAGAUGGACCGACGGAGGAUCAUGCGGAACUCAUGGGUUGCGUGGAAUGACAACCUCCGCUGCCAGGCUCUCACCGCGCGAAUCGAAGAGCGCAUGAAGAUCGAGACUAUGUACAAAUGGAUCCUCGCGGAAAGAUACCGUCUUAUGCAACGAAUUCGUGAGCAACGGAUCUCGCGCGAGGUGUUUUCCACUUUCGUUACAAAUGUCCGUCAAAAAUAUACGCAACUGCUCCACCAUGCUGAUACCUACGAGGAGCGGCGAAAUGACGACCUGCUCCGAUCGAAGCUUGCUACCUGGCGGAACCAGCUUGUCCUCCAACAACAGCGCGACGAUAUGGCUUAUGAAUUUUAUGCACCGCGCCUUGUCCAGGAAUCCCUCGUGGCCUGGCGCUCGAAACGAGAGCAUGUAGCGAAAUUAGAGGAUUGGGCGCGGGAUGCCAGGUUUUAUUUCAUCUCGACUCGCACUAUCAAGCGCUGGCAUGUUGCAAAGGUGGACUCUGCCAAACGCCGCCGCCAGGAAGCUUAUGCGAUGAUUCGGCGAAGUGUCAAGGUGAACCUUGCGUCGAAAUUCUUUGCCACUUGGCAAACUAAGACGCGCGAUGUUCUCGAUAUUGAGCAGCAAGCCUUGCAGUUGGAACGGGGAAAGAAUCUGGACAUUGUCUUUGAGUUAGUGGACCGGUGGCAUGCAAAGACCGCAAAGCGUCUCCAAGACUGUGAAGAUGCAGAUACCUUUUACUUCAAGCAGAUCGCCUAUGACAAACUCAUACGGUGGGCUGAAGGCGUGGUCGCGGCUCGCCAGUUGGAGGAGCAGGCUGUCAAGGCGCGUCGACAACAUGUACUGGGCCAAGCCAACGCCUCGCUUCGCAAACUCAGUCUUCGCGUCUUCCAAAUACACAGCAGCGCUGAGACUGCGGAGGCCAUGAGAGAGCGCAAUCUCAGAAAGCACUCAAGGGGCAUGUUCCGCCGAUGGGUAGAUAAGACGAGGAUCAGCUUCGAGGCCCGAGAUGCUCCAGGGCCCUUGGUGAGCCCUACGAGAAACCAAAGCCGUGUCAGUGGCGGCGGUACAGGACGGUCCAUUUUCGACCCCUGGCAGGUCGAGACGCCUUUCAAACUCAACGAUCUUACCUCCGCUGAGAACCAGCGCCUGUCGGCCACCCCGAUCACGCCGAAUCCUGUGACUUCUCCUUCCAAGCGAGCAGCUCGAGCACGAAUACUGGCGCGGGCCUCCACAACACCUGCGACACCUCUCCAUACACCUUUCGCUAGCAGGCUUCUGCGAGAGGGAGUGGGUGUUCCUACAACAGGUCCGUCCAGUCGGCGGGAUCGCACCGGACGUGCGAGCGCUUUAGGAACUGUUCGGUUUGUUGACCAGGAUCCGGAAUCGCCCACGAGCGGGAAAGGAUCUGCCAAUCGACGACCUUGA